UUUUGAAACACAAAAAAAUUGAAUCCCAAAAGAAGCAAUAAUUCCGCCUCAAAAAAGCCUCACUUCCUCGUCUGAAACCGGACCCAUACGAUAACAAAUGAGUAUAAAAUUGGCGAAAAAAUGAUUUCACGUACCGGAAAAAAAUCCGCAACUUGGGCAAAGUGCGGGAUUGCGGGCGUUGAUGGUUUUGCUUUUACACGAGCGUGUGUAUGUAUAGAGUAUCGGAGGCAAGGCGGACGCUUGGUUACAUCGGAUCGUUUAACGUCGAGCUGAAUCACCUCCCACUCACGUCGGCGACUUAAACUCCGGUAAAGAACAAUUUGGUAAAUUCGUUUCAUGUAGUUACCAUUGACCGAAUUACAUUGAUAAAAGCGCCUUUACACUUGAAUCAUAUUUCACUAUGGCGAGACCGACGGCCAAGGACACUUCGAACAUGGCAUUUUCGCGUCCGUUGUUUUAUAUUUUAUUCGCGAUUAUAACGCGUAUUUGUGUAUCGUAUGCCGAAGAUGUGGCGAAUAAUAAUAAUACGCAGCAAACGUUAGAUUUAAAUCAAAACCAAAGUGUACCUUUUUUAAGUAGUAAUUCUAAUGUUAAUAGUAGUGAACCAAUAAUACCAGUGUUUUCGGUUAAAAAUAUAACCACUAAAUUGUUUCCGGAAAGAUAUGCGCGUUUUUUGAGUAUUUCGCAAGGCCAUUACGCGCCUUUGAAGAGCAUCGAGGAUAACGAAAUCGACGAUAAAAAUGACGCCGUGUCGCAGGAAGGCGAUCCGAUGGUGCCUUUGUACGAAAUUUAUAAAGAUUGUUUGUUUCGGUUAUCGUUUAAGUGUGUUCAACAAAAAAUAUUGGUAGCUUUGGAUCAGUUUAGUAGAAUGAAAAGUAUCAAUUUACUCGGCGAUUUGCUGUCGAUUGUGCGAACGAAACGGGAACUUGGUCCGGUGAUUAGAGAAUCCGAGCUGGAGGCUCGUCUGAAUCCAGACGAUGCUACGAAUUCGUUAUCAGCUUUGCUGGAAUAUAAUUUAGAACGUUUCUUGCAACAGCAUGUGUUGAGGGUGACGUUACCAGCUGGAAUGACUGCAUCGGUUACCAGUAAUGCUAGAAGUUUUCCAGGCGGCUCAAUAGGCAAUACCAUCGAUAUCAAUAUUACCAGAGCAUUGGAAGAAAUGGGUCGAGGUAAAGGCGACAAGAAGAUGAAGAAAUUGAUGGGCAUGAUGAUGACCGGUUUAAUGGGCAAAAUGGCGUUCAUGGGUCCUAUGAUGAUUCUAUUGAUAAAACUAAAAGCGUUGAAAGCUCUGAUAUUGAGCAAAAUCGCCUUAAUGCUCUCGCUCUUCCAAUUACUCAAAGGAGGCGGAAAGAAAGGAGGCGGAGGUGGGCACGGUAAAGAGGUGAUAAUUGUCCAUGACGCGCAUGGAGGCGGAGGUGGUCAUGAUAGUUAUGGUGGAAGCAGUGGGUGGGCAUCAGGUGGUGGCGGCGGUGGAUGGUCUGGUGGCGGCGGCGGCGGCUCAGCAUGGUUAGCUCAGGGAGACAGUUACAGCAGCGGAGCCCAUACAGGAGGUGGCGAUGCCACCUACGCUGGUUCUGAUGCCUACGCCACCGGUGGCAACGCAGCCGCUGCUGCUGGCGGUGGCGGAUGGGCCGGAGGUGGCGGAGGCGGUGGCGGUGGCAACGGAUGGGGCCGCCGAUCCGCCACUGAUCCACAUUGGGUCGCUUACAAAGCAUACGUGCCGCCGGGAGAAGAAUAACCACCUUGAUACGCCGCAUUUUUUUUCUUUGGAAUACCUACAUAACUCUUGUGUACUUCGAAAUGGGAAAUGAUUGCGCAUGGAAAUGCGCUGGAAUUUGUACAACCGCGAUGCUCACUCAGCAGUCAAUGUCAACUGAAAAGUCUACCAUCAGCGUACAAUUUUCUCGAAUGUACUUUCUUUUUUACACGUCGUGAUAUCAAAAUAUAAUUAGAUAAUUAUAUCGCCUUUUAAAAAUACUUGUAGUAUUUUUUUUUUGUUGGUUUUUACGUAUUUUUCCUCUUUAUUUAUUUAUUUAUUUAUUUAAUUUAUUACUUAUUUAUUUAUUUAUCGUUUAUAUUUUCCUUCUUUCAUUUUUUUUUUUUUUGUUACUAUCCUUUUAUCCCCCCGAGUUUUAUCGCGCUCAACUUUCAAAUCGAACUAGUCAUAUUCGAAAGAAAUCUUUUACUUUUCCAUUCGCGCAAUCAGAGUAAAAUUUUACAUCCAUGGCGAAGAAAUAUAUGACUAGCUUGUUCGUACUUCGUAGCCCAUCCAAAAAUGCUUCCUUUUUGCCCAAUCGAGUCAAAUGUUUGCCAUAAAAAAAAAGUACCUACCUUCGUUUUUAACUAAAAAUAAUCAUGGACUAGAAUGAUUCUUAUUAUUAUUAUGUUGAAGAUUAUUUCAUUCGAAUAAAAAACAUCCCACGUGAAAAACAAUUGUAUGUAAAUAUUUAAUUAUAAUAUUGUUGUUAUAUUUAUAAUAUGAAAUAUUUUCAUGUGUACUGUAUUUAUUUAUACGAAAUGGUUCAAUCAAUUGCGAAUUGUUCAUAUUUUAGUACCUAAUAAUCACAAUCACUAUGUCACAAAUUUUUUUCAUCUUAGUAAAUUUCUUCGAGGUUUUUUCUCCAAAUUACAUUUAUAAAAUUGAAAAGUACCUACUCCGAAAUAACAGAUUCAAAAAUAUGAAAUAUGACAAAUCGCAAAAACCAUUAUCGAAUUUUAUUUUUUAUACGUAUUUUAUACGAGUAUAUUUUCUUUUUUUUUAUUUAUUUGUUUUGUUCAUUUAUAUGAUUUACUUAUUUAUUGUUUUUUUUUUGUGUAGUAGAUACAUAUUUAUUUAUUUAUUUUCAAACUACCUUAACUUUUCACUUCCCUUUUUCCAAUUAUAAUACGAUACACUUGAUAACUUUACAAAAUAAGAGCUAACCCCAGUGUGCCGUAGUCGCAGAAAAAUAAUGUAAAUAAAUAGAUUAUAUCUCGUUGAAAUAUUUUAAAGCAGUUUUUGUAGUGAACGAAUGCUUUAUUUUUCAAGCAUUCGUACAGCAUUUAAAAUUAUCGUUGUAAAAAUAAAAUUAUUUUCUUUAUAAUUUA